AUGUUUGCAAUAUUUCUCAUCAGCCAUGGUUGUCAUUUCAUUCUUAAGCGAUACGGCAUCCAUAUCUUGGUUUCGCAGGUUCUUGCUGGAGUGAUCGUUGGAACAACAGGCCUUGGACAACAAUCAGAUUACACAAGGAUCUUUUUAACUGUUGACAGUAAACAAAUACUUGGCACAUUAGCUGGAUUGGGUUACCAACUCUUUGGAUUUAUAAAUGGAAUUAAGAUGGAUAUAGCCUUGGUAAGAAAAACAGGGAAAAUGGCAAUCUACAGUGGUAUAUUAUCUAUGGUGAUUCCUGUAGUACUUGGUGGGGUAACUGGGAGGAUGGUCAGCAAGUACUGGAAUCUCGACAAACUAGAUAGGCUCUCACUCAUCUUGGUGAUGUUGGUGCAAUCUAUGACUCCAUUUCCUGUCAUCUGUAGCUUCAUCGGUGACCUUAAACUGACGAAUUCUGAACUUGGCAGACUUGGACUGUCUUCAGUGCUAACCAGUGAAAUGCUGACCCAGGUUAUUGCACUAGUUGCUUUCUUUAUAGGCAUUGCCUACAAGCAGCGAGCACAAGCAGCUAUCGAAAGCGUUGUAAUAUCUGUAGCCUUUCUUGUUGUAGUUUUAUAUGUGGUGAGGCCGGCAAUGUUCUGGGUGAUCAAACAAACACCCAAAGGAAGGCCUGUGAAAGAUUUAUACACAGACAUCAUCAUUUUCGGUGCCUUGGCUUCUGGUGCAUUAUUUAAUUAUAUUGGUCUAAAUGUGUUCCUUGGAUCACUUGUUUUCGGAUUAGCUGUACCAGCAGGACCUCCACUUGCAUCAGCUGUAGUCGAGAAGAUCGAAUGCAUUGUCACUGGAGUGCUCGUACCUCUUUUUAUGGCCAUGUGCACGAUGGGAGCAGAUCUCCUAAAGAUCGAUUUUGAUGACUAUAUACUGAAGAGCACUGCUAUCGUCGUCUCUGUAGUCAUCUUGGCCAAAUUCGGUGCUUACUUGGUACCUCUCUUGUAUUUCAAGUUGCCAAAAAAGGAUGCCUUGGCACUUGCUUUCCUGAUAAGUACCAAAGGAAUCGUUGAGCUUGGCUCGUUUACUUACAUGAGAGAACUAGGGAUUCUGACAGAGGGGAUGUUCGCUUUCUUGGUAAUUACAGUUCUAUUGUCAGCAACGAUCUCAUCAUUCGUUGUGAACUGGGUUUAUGAUCCGUCAAGGAAGUAUGCAGGUUAUCAGAAGAGAAACAUUAUGCACAGCAAAGAGCUCCGCAUACUAACAUGCAUUUACAAACCAGAUAACACAACCAUCAUCAUCAAUUUUAUCAAAUCCUUGUUAACUAUACAGAGCCCAUUUUCUGUUAGUGUACUUCACCUCAUCAAGAUCAGUGGCCGAGCCUCCCCUAUGUUCAUUUCUCACCAAAUUCAGAAAAAAACGAUCUCUCUGCACUCCAUCUCUGGGAAUGUCAUUCUCUCUUUUAAACACUUCCAACAAAAUUAUCGCGACGCUGUUUCUGUAAAUGUCUUCACAGCAAUCUCUCCACCCAAAUUCAUGCACGAGGACAUAUGCACACUUGCAUUGGAUGAACUUGCAUGUUUUUUAGUGCUUCCAUUUCAUAAAAAAUGGCUUGUUGAUGGGUCUGUUGAAUCAGAGGACUCUACUCUAAGGACUCUAAAUUGCUGUGUCCUUGAGAGAGCACCGUGCUCUGUAGGGAUCCUCAUUGACCGUGGGAACCAAGUAAAGUCCAUUUUCUUGGAAUCAUCAAGAGGGUCAUCCCUAUUUGUUGUUGUGAUAUUCUUCGGAGGCAACGAUGAUCAAGAAGCUCUUGUGUUAGCUAAACGCAUGUCCCAGAAUAGGAACAUCAGCAUAAAAAUCGCUCGCUUCAUUCCCUCAACUGAUGAGCUCGAAAUUAAUCGGGAUAGCAUGCUAGAUUCUCAGGCGUUGAACUAUAUUAUGCAUGACUACACAGAGGAUGAAACAGUGGAUUACAUUGAAGAGAGGGUAAGCGAUGGCCUGGAAACUUCAAAGACAAUUCGAUCUAUGCUAGAUAAAUACGACCUUUUUAUUGUUGGGAGACGGAAAGAUAUACAAACACCACAAACAGCAGGUCUUGACGAUAUGAAUGAAUACCCAGAGCUUGGUGUCAUAGGAAGCCUGCUCGCAUCUAUGGAUACCACUGAAAAAUAUUCGGUCCUGGUUGUAAAGCAACAGGUAGCUUUGUAG